UGCCCCGGUAUUUCCCCUGAGACGCGAAUAGAAGCUGCACGUCGAUGAGCGUUACGCGGUCCGCGCUCCGGUUUUAAUUCAACAAGCGUCUCCUCGUAUCAGUAUUCGAUCAUGGUUAAAAUGGGACGCUCCGUUCUUUGCCAAAUUGGAAUCGAGUUCUUUGAGUUCCUGAAGGAGAGCAACCGAGAGUCCAUCACGGACAGAAUUGAGCUGAGGGACAUUUACAACGCGGAGUUCAGGAGCAGGAACGCGGGGACCAAAGAUCCGAACUUCGGUUCAGUCCUCUGGGGCCUGAAGAUGUCCAACAAAGUAACGAGACGAAGGGACAAUAUUCGCUUCAACUCCACGGUCACGACCCUUUUUCUAGACCAGUGGCAUUCGGCAACGAGAUGUCGGCCAGAACCAGUCCAGCGUGAAGCAGCAGGUCCCGGGACCGUGCAGACGUACACCUCCGCAGAUGUGGCAGAGACGGGAGUUCGAGCCCGACGGAAGCUGGCGAGCCUUCUGAUGAACAGGCUGGAGACGGACAGGGCUCAGUUCAUCUCUGACAAAAAUGGUGUCUGCAUUGACUCGGACCACCAGUUUGAGAACGGGAAACUUUGCCUGCGCGUCGAACGCUCAUAUGAGUGUUUGGUCAGUCUGAAGGUGAAGAACACUGGAACAAAACCGGUGUAUUUCACCUACUACACCCCGCUGCACUGGCUCAGGGAUUUCCACCUGAAGGAUGAGCACAAUGUGACCAGGAAAAACCCUCUGUGUUUACAACCAGGUGACUCAUACGAAGUCCAGGUCAAACUCUGCUGCAGGUCUGUUGGCUUCUAUCCAGCGACACUGGCAUUCGAAUUCAAACCCGACCUGCAGACCUCCGCCGCUGCGUUCCACAUCUUGCGCUACAUCGAGGCUCAGUGUAUAACGGCCUUGGGGCGGGAGCUGGCCCCUGAAGCCCCCUACAGACCCCGCUCCCUGCCCGCAUGGACCCCCGAGGCUGAUUGCUCCAUUGUGGAUGGACAGCGACCUGAAGGGCUGUCAGUGAUGCAGCUGGUGUAUGUGAUCGAGCUAAAACGGUAUCCGAUGCCACCAUACGUGAACGCGCUCAUCCAGGCACUGAAGCAUUCUACGUACUCCGAUAAAAGGGCCUUGCUGGAAAGUCCCCUGUGCUGGGAGAGGUACGCUGAGAAGUUUCAGCUGCUGCUGUAUCUGGAGCAGCAGCAAAUGGAGGUGGACAUCAAGAGAUACAACAUCCCCAACAGCGACAAGGAAGACGUCGUCAUGACUAGAGAUCCGCAAAACAAGAAACUUCUCAUUCUGGAGGUGCCCGGUGUGUCUGAGAACCGCCCGUCUGUUCUACGAGGGGAUUCGCUGCUGGUGUAUCCGGUCGGGGAAAGAGGGGUGAAGUACCGCGGCUACGUCCACAGCGUGCAGCUGGACAGUGUCAAACUCGGCUUUGGGCCAAAAUUGUUGGAGUUAUUUUUAGAUGGCAUGAAGUUCAACGUGGAGUUCACCGUCAACCCCCUGCCUGUCCGCGUUCAGCAACGAGCAGCGGAGCUGGCGCCUAAAUCCAGAAUGGGGACGGUCUUGUUCCCUGCUGCUCCCGCUCCCUCCUCCCAGCACACCGAGCUUCCACAACUCCGGCUUUUUGACCGGAACCUGGAAAAAAACCCCGAGCAGUAUCAGGCUGUACAACACAUUGUAGCUGGCUCAUCCAAACCGGCCCCUUACCUGGUGUUUGGCCCACCUGGGACAGGCAAAACUGUGACUGUGGUGGAGGCCAUCAAGCAGAUAGAGAAGACCCAGGUCUCCUGCCACAUCCUGGCCUGCGCCCCCUCCAACAGCGCUGCCGAUCUGCUCUGCAGGAAGAUCCUGGAUCACGUGGACGAGCAUAAAGUGUUCCGCAUGUACGCCAGCAGCCGCGACCCAAAUGUCGUCCCUGAGGAACUAAAAGCGUGCUCUAACCUGGUAGGGGAGUGUUACCUGUAUCCUGCUAAAGAGAUGCUGAUGGCGUACAGGGUCGUGGUCACCACCCUGUUAACCGCUGGAAGACUGGUCUCAGGAGCCAUCCCUGCUGGUCAUUUCACCCACGUGUUUGUGGACGAGGCAGGACACGCUGUGGAGACUGAAUGUUUGGUCCCAUUGGCAGGGCUGCUGGAUGCAGAGUCGGGUCAGGUUGUUCUGGCUGGAGACCCCAAGCAGCUCGGACCCAUUCUCAGAUCGCCCUUUGCACUGAAAUACGGCAUGGGGGUCUCCCUGCUGGAGCGCCUGAUGACUGAUUUCUCUCUGUACCGGAAGGUGGACGGCGCGGUCGACAAUCGAUUCGUCACCAAACUGCUGCGCAACUACAGGUCCCAUCCGGCCAUUCUGAAGAUCCCCAACGAGCUCUUCUAUGAUAACGAGCUGCAGUAUUGUGCUGAUGAAAUGUUGCGCAGCUCCUACUGUCACUGGGAACACCUCAAGAAGCAGGGCUUCCCGGUGAUCUUCCACGGCGUGACCGGCAUUGACGACCAGGAGAAGAGCAGUCCUUCGUUCUUUAACAUCGCGGAGGCGGAGGUGCUCAUGGACUACGUCAGGAAACUGCUGCAGACAGAUGGCAAGAAGGGAGUGGCCACCAUCUCCCCCAGAGACAUAGGCAUCAUCGCUCCCUACAGGAAGCAGGUGCAGAAAAUCCGCAAGGCCCUGACUAAAGUAGAGAAAGACUUCAAAUUUAAGGACAUGAGCAAACUAAAGGUUGGUUCGGUGGAGGAGUUCCAAGGUCAGGAGAGGAGAGUGAUCUUGGUGUCUACAGUUCGGAGCAGCCCCAAUUACUUGGAGAUAGACAAAAAGUUCCACCUGGGCUUUGUCAAGAACGAGAAGAGAUUCAACGUGGCUGUGACUCGAGCCAAAGCCCUGCUAAUUGUGGUGGGAAACCCCAGAGUGCUGAAGGCAGACGAUACCUGGGCCCGAUUCAUCCAGUACUGUCGAGAUGAAGGAGGCUACGACGGUUAUGAGCAGGUGGAGGAGGAUAAGGACGUGGUGGAGAGACUCGCCGUCCUCUUCAGCAACAUCGAGAUUCAAGUGGAGACGGCAGAGAGCGCUGUUCAGCAGCAUCUGGACCCCGAGUGGAGGAGCGACCUGUGAGGGAAUUGAGAACCCUCUGCCCUUUUCCAUUGAAGAUGUUUACAGAAAUUCUUCAGAAUAAUGCUGAAUGGCACUUUCCCAACAAAGAAAAUAUUACAAUCAUCGUUUUAAUGUUUUUAAUCUUAAUGUUUAAUUAUAUGAACUUGACCAAAGAGUACGAGAGGCAGCCGAUUUUUAGAGCGGUUUGUCUUCAGCUACCUCAUUGGACGGCACCAACGGCCCUUGAUGUCAAAACAGCUGCAAAUGCUCCUCUUUACCUGCUUAGUCACGGGAAAUUUUGACUGGAUUCUUACUUUUUUGAUGUACUUUAAAUUUAUCUUGACCGAAAUGUCAUUCUCAGGGUUUUUUUUUUUUGGUGAUUCUGCUCUAUAAUUACUUUUCAGAAUUAUGUGGCAUGAAUGUCCAUGUGUGAACUCAACCACCCUUGAAUGAAUGACUAUUAAAAUUUUUAUGACCAUA